AUGAGCACCAACCACACAGCAGCGGCUUUAUGGAGGGGGAGCCAGGCUUUCUCUCCUGUACCUUCAGUCCCUGACCGCGUCGAGGCCUUGCUGGGCUCCUGUGUGGUGAUUCCCUGCUCCUUCAGCCCUACACCUUCCCGUCUUUUCUGGGGGAGGAGGGCAAGGGUGGACGUUAAGGUGACUUUCAGGGGUGGCGGGACCCUCUUCCCUCUCCGCAGCACAGCCUUCAACAGCGAGGAUAGAGAUCAGGUGAGCAGGGACUUUAAAGGCCGCACGUCUCUUUAUGGGCGAAUCGCAGACGGGGACUGCUCAGUGAACAUUGAAAGAGUCAGCCUGGAUGACUCUCGUAUGUUUGAGAUAGCGCUGAAGGGAAGUGAUGAUUUACUCUGGGGGAAACCCAGGAGCUUCACUCUGGACGUUUCAGAAACUCCAGAGGCUCCUGUCAUCAGUGACGUCCCCUCAGCCACAGAUGGACAGCUGGUCACCCUGAACUGCACCGUCAGCUAUUACUGCCCCUCCCGACCUCCGACCCUGCAGUGGCACUGGGAGAGGGGAGCCAAGGGGAACAGAAGUCAUCAUGAGGAAGCACAAUCACUGUAUCCCCAAGGCCACAGGCCGGCGAUGCAGGCCUCUCUGUCCUUUACCGCCUCAUAUCGCGUCAAGCCCAGGCUCAGGUGUGAGGCCAGCUACCCAGGUGCCAGAACUAUAUCAGCCUGGAAGGACGUCCAUGUGACAUUUCCCCCAAAAGAGGUGACGGUUCAGGUCCAGACCUUGACAGUCCAGGAUGGGGGCAACGCUUUGCUGGUGUGCUCGUGUAAAGCCGACCCACCGGUGUCAGAGUACCGCUGGUCCUACACCCAGCACGGCCGCACCGUCAACCUCCCGCAGCGCACGCACACGGUCCGUGUGUACAACGUGAGCCGGGACAUGAGGGUCCGCUGCUUGGCACAGAACCUGAUUGGUCGAGGACAGUCCCCGCCCACGGCUUUGAAUGUACAAUACAUGCCAGUCAUCCUCCAUCGCUCCUCCAUGUGUGUUAUAGAGGGGCUGGAGGUGUUGUGUCAGUGUGCCGUCGACUCCAACCCCAGACCGGCAGUCACCUGGAGUGUCAACGGGACGGUUCCUCCUAGUGGUUUCAACAUGUCAGUGACAUCAGAGCCUGGGAAUUUAACAGCCAUCCUGAGGGGCCGCAUGGACAAACCCCUGACAGUCAUCUGCUUUGCAUUCAACGCCUUAGGCAACGACUCGUACAUUUUGCUGCACGGAGGAGAAGCGACGGCCCCCCUAUUGUGGAUGGUGAUUUCUGCCAUUGUCCUCUGCCUCGUCAUUUUCCUUUUUUCACUUCUUCUGCUCUACUGCUGCCGAAGGAAGGCCGGGAAGUAUGUGAGACCUCCGGCGGUGUACCCUGGAGGCCUGGGGAUCUAUCAGGAGCGGAUGCCCCUCUACAUCAACUGCACAGAGGUGACGCACAUCUACACCAACGGCAGCUACCAGCUCGUUUACCAGAACUGCACUCCUCUGUUCGUCCGCACCAAGCAGAUCCGUCCAGUGGGUAGAAGAGGUGGGGAGAGAAGAAGAGGAGGAGAGAGGAGAGGUGCAGAGAGACCGGGAGGACUGGGAACCAGAGCGACACGGGAGAUACAGAGCAGCGCUGGGGCUGAGACUGACACAGCGAUCUACCUGGAGAUCCUCUGAGAAUCAACAUGAUUCACCUGCUGCAUUCAGCUCGCAUUGUAUAACAAUUUCUUACAAAAUGAAUUGAAUGAAUAUGAUAACAACCAACAGUAAUACACACACACAAUGAUGCAGUUUACAGGUUAUGAGCUGUGCAUAUACAUAUACUUGUGUAUGUACAUAUGGACUUAUUUAGGCUAUAUCUAUAUAUGUGAGGUGUUGAAUAGUGUGUCUCUCAUGAUCGCUGUCUGUCCGAGAACCAUUU